AUGACCUCUUCAUCUGCCCAUACCACCUCUUCCUCUUCGAGCACUGCCAUCGUGCUGUCUGUUACUGUCCGAGGCUCCGUCACGGUGACCCUCACUUCCUCUGCCAACGCGACCGCCGAUGCCUCUGUUUCCACUGCUUCCCAUAGUAGCGGCGUAUCCACGGCAGUGCUCGUUGGCUCCAUCCUCGGCGCAGUGCUGUUCUGUGCGCUCCUCGCUGUUCUUGGGAUAUGCCUCUACCGCCGGCGCCGCCAAAACAUGCGCAAGAGUGUCCGGCUCUCCCGCUUCGAACCCGGCUCGCUCGUGAACCCGCCGACGCUCGACCUCAAGGCGAAGCGCGACGGGAAGACGGAGGACGAGAAGAAGUGGGACUACCGCAUGUCGUACGCCUCCGCCGCGACCCUCCCCCCGUACCACUCGUACGAGCCCGCGCCGACCGCGACCCCCGCCACCGCCACCGCGCCCGCGUUCGAUCACGCCCGCGGGGGCAUCGCGCGCAGCCCGACCCCGAGCGACGUCGGCGACGGCGAGGCGCCCUACGGGAGCGCGCACGAUGGAGACGGGAUACGGAACGCGGCGUCGACGGAGUGUCUGGUCGAUCGCAGCGGGCUCGCGGAGGGAGGCGGGAGCGGAGGGAGGGCGCGCGCGCGGUCGGCGUACUUGACCGCGCUGCCGCCGCUGACCGGUCGCGUCCCCAGCACCAACGGGCGCGAACGCUCAGCCGCACCCAUCGGCUUCUGGACAUCUCUGGGCGUUCGUGCUUGUCGCGAGGCGGACGGGUACAAGGAGGCCGAGGGUGGGCGGAUGGUGCCUGUCGUGUGCGCUCGCCCUUUGCGUCUCGCUGCCAUGAGUGGUUCGUCCUGUAUGCCAGGCGGCGGUGUCGUCCCUGCGAGCGAUCCGGCCAUACUCUUCGACGGCUCCUGGCAGCGCACUUCUUCCUUCAACGGUACGACAUCUGCGGCAACCAACACAUCGGGUGCAACAGCGUCGUAUGGCUUCAACGGAACUCAUCUUCAAGUCUUCGGAACGUUGCAUGAGAACAACAUGUCCUGUGACUCCUCCAUCUCAUUCAGAAUCGACCAGAACUCCCUUGUGACUUUUUCCAAACUAAAUGAGUCGAACUUCGAAGCGAAACAGGACGACAUGGCUAAAUAUCACACUAAGAAGAAGGAAGGGAAAGACAAACGGGAUGGACCGCCAGAACCACCGUGCUCUUCAUUUCUUUUGUUCGAUUCCGGAACCCUGUCAGACCCCCACAAUCACACCCUGCAGAUCACGGACAACUGCGGGCGAGUAGUUCUCAAUCACCUACUGUUGACUCCUGUGGUCCCCAACGACGCCGGAGGACACAACGGUUACAACGGUGAGGCACCAGGAUAUCAUGGAGGGCUUACGGCGGGGGAAAUUGCCGGGAUCACCAUCGGCAUAUGUAUCGCGUUCGCCCUCGCUGCCGCCGCGAUCUUCGGCCUCGUCUACCGCAGACGGCGAAAGCUCAGGAAGGGAAACCUUACCCAAUUCAAUCCGCGAAGCCUAGUGACCCCGUGGCCGUUCAUCGCUCGACGCUGGCGGGGCGAGAUGCAAAGCCCGCCGAGCAUCGCGCCGACGCUUCCGCCAUAUCAAUCCUAUGCGCCCGCCCCGGACGAAGGCAGCGUGUUGAACGAGACGAUGCGCAGGUACUUUGAGAGCACCCCACCGCAGUAUCUCGAGCACACGGGGACGAGCGGACACCGGCCGAGGCUCCCGCCGCUCGCCCCGGGCACGCACAUGGAGAAGGAACGACAGAGCUGUGUGCUUGAUAUCGGUGAGAAGCACUCCGACCGGUAUGGCGUGGCUGCUGCUUGA